GAAACCAAAAUUAAAGGGUUUAGGUUUCGACUUUAGUUUUGCUGCUUCCUCAGAUUAAAGGUUUGGUAAUGGCGGUAGAAGAGGAGGCGGAGAAUGAGAGUGACCCCGAGGAAUUGAACCGAAUCUUGAGAGAUGAUGAUGGUUCGGUUAAGGAUGAGAAGAAACAAGAGUUCGCGGCGUUCCCGUACACGCCCUACUCCAUCCAAACCGAUUUCAUGAAUGCCCUCUUUCGUUUUCUCGACAAGGGUGGCGUUUCCAUGCUCGAAAGCCCCACUGGGACUGGAAAAUCUCUAAGCAUUAUCUGCAGUGCUCUACAGUGGCUCGUUGACCGUAAGCAGAAGAAAGUCAACUCUGGAUCAUCAUCCGACGACAAGGUUGUUGUUGAUGGUGGUGAAGAAGAUGAAUCCGAGCCCGAUUGGAUUCGGAAUUUCACUGUAGUCAAUGAUGACAAGGAGACCAUCAGAAACAACAGGAAACACGCCAAGGAAAAAAGACCCUUCCAAGGAGGGGAGGUUUCUGUAAGGAAGCACGAGGCUGCUUCUGGUGGUGAUGAUGAGGUGAACGAGCAAGAGUUUUGUUUGGAAGAAUACGAAAGCGAAGAGGAUUCUUCUUCUUCAUCUUCAAAGAGAAAACCACCUGUUGGAGGAGGUGGUUUUUACACCUCUUCAGAGGAUGAUGAGGAAGAAGAUGACAAGGACGAAGAAGGAGGACUCAAGGUUUUCUAUUGCAGCCGAACUCAUUCUCAGCUUUCCCAAUUCGUCAAGGAGCUGAAGAAGACUGUCUUUGCCCAAAACAUCAGAGUUGUUUGUUUAGGCUCUCGAAAGAACAUGUGCAUUAAUGAAGAUGUUCUUAAGCUUGGGAAUGUGGGCAGAAUCAACGAGAGGUGUUUGGAUUUGCAAAAGAAGAAGUCUUCUCAAGUCUCUAAAAAGAAGAAUUUAGGUACAAACGUAAGGGGAGGACGAACCAAAGCAUCAUCUUGCAGAUGCCCAAUGCUUAGGAAACAGUCACUGCAGAGAGAGUUCAAGGCCGAGAUUCUCCAGCGAGAAGCCAUGGACAUUGAGGAUCUUGUCCAGGUUGGACGAGAAAUGAGAACGUGUCCUUACUACGGUUCUAGAAGACUGGCCCCUGCUGCUGAUCUUGUUAUUCUUCCCUAUCAGUCUCUUCUCUCAAAGUCUUCACGAGAAUCUCUUGGCUUAAAAUUGAAAAACAAUGUUGUCAUUAUAGACGAGGCUCACAAUUUGGCUGACACUCUCCUCAGUAUGCAUGACGCUAAAGUAACAAUGUCACAGUUGGAAGAUGUACACAGCAGCAUAGAGAGUUAUCUUGGAAGAUUCCAGAAUCUCUUGGGAGCUGGAAACCGUAGAUAUAUCCAAACUAUGUUGAUUCUCAUCCGAGCUCUCCUCAAACCUCUUGCCACCACCAGUGACAGGAAUCUCAACGGUGGAAAUAGUGGGCUUGAUACCUCUAAAAGCAGCAAGCCUUGUGGUGGUUGUUCGAUGGCAAUAUAUGACUUUUUGUUCUCUCUGAAUAUAGACAAUAUAAACUUGGUCAAGUUACUUGCCUAUAUAAAGCAAAGCAAUAUCAUUCAUAAGGUGAGUGGAUACGGAGAGAGAGUUGCUAUGUUGCAAAAGGACCCAGCAGCGGCCCAUGAGGAAACGAGCAAGCUAUCAAGUUUUAGAGCUUUUUCUGAUAUGUUGGUGGCACUCACUCAUAACAAUGGUGAUGGGCGGAUCAUAGUCUCUGGCCAACAAGGAGGGUACAUUAAAUACGUCAUGCUCACUGGAGCAAAGUUAUUCUCGGAGGUGGUUGAUGAAGCUCAUGCUGUCAUAUUGGCCGGUGGGACUCUUCAACCUAUAGAAGAAACAAGGGAACGACUCUUUCCGUGGCUACCAUCAAAUCAGCUGCAGUUCUUCUCAUGUAGUCACAUUGUUCCCCCUGAGAGUAUAAUGCCAAUCUCAGUUUCACAUGGUCCGUCUGGUCAUUCUUUUGACUUUAGUCACAGUUCAAGAAGCUCAACAAAAAUGAUACAGGAGUUAGGAUUAUUGAUGAGUAACCUGGUGGCAAUGGUUCCUGAAGGAGUUAUCGUCUUCUUUUCCUCCUUCGAGUAUGAAACACAGGUGCACACAGCGUGGAGUAACUCGGGGAUACUCAGAAGAAUAAUGAAGAAGAAGCGUGUGUUUAGAGAGCCCAGAAGAAACACUGAAGUCGAAGCUGUUCUCAGAGAUUACAAGGAAGCGAUAGAAAGCGGAAGAGGGGCAAUAAUGCUAGCUGUGGUUGGUGGGAAGGUGUCAGAAGGAAUCAACUUCAGCGAUGGGAUGUGUCGUUGCGUUGUGAUGGUUGGUCUGCCUUACCCCAGCCCUUCUGACAUUGAGCUUUUAGAGAGAAUAAAGCAUAUAGAAGGUCUUGGAGAUUCGGAAUCAUCGUCGAAACCUAGUCUGACUUUGGUUGACGACUCUUACUACAGUGGAGAUGUUCAAGCAGGGUUUGGAGUGUUGAAGAGCUGCAGACGGAGAGGGAAAGAGUACUAUGAGAAUCUGUGUAUGAAAGCAGUUAACCAAUCAAUCGGUAGGGCAAUCAGGCAUGCAAAGGACUAUUCAGCCAUUUUGCUGGUAGAUGCUCGAUACGCCAAUGAUCCUUCCAAAAGAACAUCUCAUCCGUCCAGCAAGCUCCCAAAGUGGAUCAAAGAUCAUCUUAUUUAUUCCACCAAAGGCUAUGGAGACGUUCACAGAUUGUUGCACCAAUUCUUUAAACAUAAAAAUGUCGAAAAAUCAUCCUAAAAAUAGCAUGUCAGGAGUGGUGGCUGUAACUAUAAGAAUGAAGCAUCUAUGAGAGAAAAUGUUGGAGGAGGUCUCAUGUUGGGUUCCAAUGGCAAACAAGAAGAAAGAGUUUUAACGUCAUAACAGGAGUAGGGGUUCGUGAAGACAUAUGUUCUCGGUUUUGAAAAGUGUUGAUGCAGAGAGAAGACUUUGGUUGAGCGAGUCUCUUUGUUUAUAAAUAAAUUGAUCUCUGGUAUAUUGUCAAGUGAUACUUACAAAACAGAUUAAAAAAAAACAGAAAUUAGUGUAGAUGCACCCAAAUGGACCAUAUAUUAGUCUUAUACCUUUAGUGUUGAGUCCAUAUUUUUAUGACCGUUUUAAUCCUCUGAGCUACAUGUUCCUAUGA